AAAAAAAAUCAAAGGGUUCUAGUCUAGGGCUGUGUCUUUCUCUCUCCUCUUUUUGUUUUCAUCUUUGUUACCGCGAUCGCGCUUUUGUUCCCUCUUUCCCUUUCCCUCUUCAGAUCCCUUUUCAUCCCUAAUUUUAGGGAUCUAGGGUUUCCGAUUUCAAUUUCAAUUUCAAUUUUCUUCAUUAAAUACCAAUCUUUUCCCUUUAGUUUCAUCAAUUCCAGGGUUUUGUUUUUCUCGUUAAUGCGAUUUCUUUUCGCACCCAAAUUUCAUUCAAUUUUCGAUCGAUCACUUGCUUUUUUCCUCUUCGUUGGUUUUUGAUUUCUGGGGUUUCGUUAAUUAGCAAAAAAUAUUGAAAAGAUUCGAUUUUUAUCGAUUUGGUUGUGUUUGAGAUCAUGGGUAGUUCUGAAGGGUUAGGAGCAUCAUCAAAGCCUGCGAAUUCUUCUUCGCCGGCGGUGCCGGAGAAACAAUACGGUGUCACAAAGGCUAUUUCAAUGGCUGGGCCAACAAGUGCUGAUAGGAAAAGGACUCAACAAUUGGAGAAGUUUCUGGUUGAAUCGGGGUUGUAUGAGAGCAAGGAGGAGGCUGACAAGAGGGAAGAGGUUCUUCAUAGACUUGGACAGAUAGUAAAAAGUUGGGUAAAGCACCUUACUCGCCUGAAAGGGUACACUGAUCAAAUGGUGGAAGAUGCAAAUGCUGUCAUUCUCACAUUUGGUUCUUAUCGUCUUGGCGUUCAUGGACCUGGAGCCGACUUGGAUACACUGUGUAUUGGGCCAUCCUAUGUGAACCGCGAGGAGGAUUUUUUCUACACGUUCCAUGAUAUCCUGGCUAGCAUGGAUGAAGUUACUGAACUGCAACCAGUUCCAGACGCUCAUGUCCCAGUUAUGAAGUUCAAGUUUGAUGGAAUUUCGAUUGACCUUCUUUAUGCAAGUAUUUCUUGCUUGAUUGUACCUGAAGAAUUGGAUAUAUCUGAUGUCUCUGUUCUACAUAAUAUUGAUGAGCCUACUGUUCGAAGUUUGAAUGGUUGUAGAGUUGCAGAUCAAAUUCUAAAGCUUGUUCCAAAUAUUGAGUACUUUCGAACAACACUCCGGUGCUUGAAGUUUUGGGCCAAAAGACGAGGUGUUUAUUCCAAUGUGACAGGUUUCCUCGGUGGUGUUAACUGGGCACUUCUUGUAGCUCGAGUAUGCCAGUUGUAUCCAAAUGCAGUUCCAAGCAUGCUUGUCUCUCGAUUCUUUAGGGUGUAUACACAGUGGCGGUGGCCAAAUCCUGUCAUGUUAUGUUCGAUAGAGGAGAACGAGCUUGGGUUUUCUGUGUGGCAUCCUCUUAGAAAUCCCCGUGAUCGAUCUCAUCUUAUGCCAAUCAUAACUCCCGCAUAUCCGUGCAUGAAUUCAAGUUAUAAUGUUUCUGCAAGCACACUUCGAGUUAUGAUGGAGCAGUUCCAAUAUGGCAACAAAAUCUGUGAGGACAUUGAACUGAAUAAAGUCGGCUGGAGUGCUCUGUUUGUACCAUAUGUUUUCUUUGAAGGCUACAAAAACUUUCUGCAAAUUGACGUAGUUGCUGCUGAUGUUGAUGACUUGCGUGCUUGGAAAGGUUGGGUGGAAUCACGCCUUCGGCAGCUGACUUUGAUGAUUGAGCGUGAUACUAUUGGGAAGUUGCAGUGCCAUCCUUAUCCUCGGGAGUAUAUUGAUGAUACAAGGAAAUGUUCACAUAGUGCUUUCUUCAUGGGCUUGCAGAGGAAACAGGGGGAGGUUGUUCAAGAAGGCCAGCAGUUUGAUAUACGUGGAACUGUUGAAGCAUUUCGGCAUUCUAUUAAUAUGUACAUGUUCUGGAAACCUGGGAUGGACAUUCAUGUUUCACACAUCCGUAGAAGGCAAAUCCCUUGCUAUGUGUUUCCUGAUGGUUUUAAACGAUCUCGACCAUCAAGGUCAACAGUACCAGUGGAGAAUCGUCCAAAAUCACUUCAAGAAAAUGAGGUUUCUGGGACUGAACUUCGUGGGAGGAACAUUAAGAGGAAGUAUGAUGACAAGGGGGUGAAGCAGGAUGUUGUGCUGAAAAAACAUUGCGCCAAUCCUUUUGUGGAGAGCUUGACACCUGGCAACUACGCUGUAUCUGAUUGUCAAGAGUUGAAGAGUGGUGAGAGUACGAGUUUGACCAAUAGUGAGCAAGAUGAGUUGGAUAGAAGAAUGUCUCCAGAAGCUGGGACUGAAUGUGGAUCGAAUUCUAGCGGGGUUACAUCUGUUUCGAGCGAAGAUGGCUCUCCCGAAUAUGUUGCGUCUGUAUCAGUGGCAGGGUAUGUUGAUGAUAGCGCCAGGGCUGUUGAGGCAAUGAACAACAGUAGAUUCGAUACCACCUACAUGGCAGAUUCUGUAAAACUUGGAAUUGGUACACUGGCCAGUGCAAACAAUGAAGUAUUACAAGACACACUACAGACACAUUUGGAGCCAAUUGCAAUGGCAGGGAUGUUUCUUGAUUCUACGAAGGAAAGCUUUGACUCAGAAGCUGUUCCAAAGACAGUAAUAAGGAGACUGAGUCUAACAUCGACAGCGUGAGAAAUUCAACAGUUGAAUUUGGUAAUUGAAGAAAGCCAGCCAUUUGGUAAGUUCUAAUUUAACUGCUGGCUUCCAUUUUGCUAAUAUUUUCAGGCUUGCUUGGUCACCAAACCAAGCUUGCAUCACCUAUGGGGAGUGAUUGGCAUUAAUCUGAAGAGCCGGGGCAUGACUUUCUUUGGUCUUCUGUACAGUUGGCGAUUUUUGUUUGUGUGGUGUUAAUUCUAAACUGACUUCAUUAGUAUUUGUUAGGAUUCUUGCUGAAAUUAGUGGGCGUACAUUAAAAGGCUAUUGAUGUACUUUGCUAUUUUUCUUUUCUUUUCUUUUUUUGCAUUUUAGAGAUUGAGAUAGGGAAAGGAGGGUAGGGGGAUAUGACGUGUUGUUUUCUUUUUCUAGCAAAGAUCUAUACUGAUUGUUGUACUUUCCGAGGUUAUAUAUGAACUCAAUCUAUGAUGAUCUCAACCUAGUCUUUGUACA